UUUCCACCGAAGUUUGAACACAAGGAAGUGAAACUGUGUGUCUGUAUUAAAGCCGAGUGGAGCUCAGAGACAGACAUUUCUCACUUCAGCACAGCAGACAUGACAUUCUCUCUCAUCAUUAAUACCAUCAUGACCGUCAGGAGGAGAGCAUAAAACUGCAAUGAUGACUUUACCACAAACAAGCAAGGGGAGAAUAAAAAAAAAUGCCUUUGGAGCCACAGCACCACCAUUUAUCGACUACCUGAAGGAGAUUCUCAGACGCUACCCUGAUGGAGGACAGAUACUGAAGGAGUUGAUACAGAACGCAGAUGAUGCCGGAGCAUCGAAAACUGUCUUCAUCUACGAUGAGCGAAGAUACGGUACUGAUAGCGUGUGGAACCCUGCACUGGGGAAGUAUCAAGGACCAGCGCUUUAUGCGUUUAAUGAUGCAGACUUCACUGAGGAGGACUGGGAAGGGAUUCAGCGAGCUGGCAGGAGCAUCAAGCACGAUGAUCCAACCAAAGUGGGGAGAUUUGGAAUCGGCUUCAAUUCUGUUUACCAUGUUACAGAUUUGCCAAGUGUAUUUAGCUCCAAACACCUUGCAGUUUUUGACCCACAACAGCUGAUGUUUGAUGAUGAGCGUGAGGGUUACCGCUGGUCCCUGGAUGAUGAAGAGGACAAAAAGCACAUUUUAGAAUUUACAGAUCAAUUCAAACCUUUUCAGGAUAUUGUUAAUCUAAUCUGUGAGAAUGCAUGUGCUUGGGAGAAGAUCAUUAAUGAAGGUUACUUUAAAGGAACACUCUUUCGGUUUCCUCUGCGUCAUGAGGCCUCUGAAAUUUCUGACAAUUUAUAUGACUCCAAGAAGGCCACCCAACUCUUUGACAGCUUCAUUCCAGAUGCAGAUAUUAGUGUUUUGUUUCUAAGAUCAGUCUCAUCCAUUUCUUUGUGGCAUAUUGACUCAAAUGACACAGUCAGCAUUAGGAUGAAUGUUUCUGCAUCAUCUCCAUCCAGCCCACUCCAGGAAAGUGAGGAUUUCAGAAGAAACUGUUUGCAAGGCAAGACUAGCUUUAAAACAGUGUCCUGCAGAUCGCCAUGUCAAGAAAAAACAACCACCAAGUGGCUUGUGACAGCCUGUCGCUUAACAGAAGGACGUGUACCUGAGAUCGACUCGCUCGCUGGCAAACUGAGUUUUUACCCUCAGGUUGACAUAGCAUUUCGGUGCGACGAAGACAGUGCAUGUGGCAGUGGAAGACUGAGCUGCUUCUUGCCCCUUCCAAACAAUGAAACAAACAGGACAGGACUCCCUGUUCAUAUUAAUGCAUGCUUUGGACUUACAGACAACAGAAGGUACAUCAAGUGGCAGGAAGAGGAUCAGAAGAAUGAUAAAUCAGCAGAGUGGAAUGAGCUGCUAAUGAAGGAGGUUCUUCCUCAUGUAUAUCUCAAGAUAAUCCAAGACAGUAUACAACUAUCAAGAAAGUCGGUACUGCCUGUAAAUGCUGUGUACAAUCUCUGGCCUGAUCUGAGAGCGACGGAACAUAGGCCACGUUGGCAUGAAGUUGCAGUAGAUCUUUUACAAAGAUUAUUCAAAAAUCAGGAAAUCUUUUCCCUAGCUAAAAAUGAGAAAAAAUGGGUGGCUGCUUCAGAUGCAGUUUUUUCAGGUGAUUAUACUGACACCAAUAUAAUGUCUGCAGUUUUCCACAUACUGAUGGAGGAAGAAGAAAACCUUGUUACUGCUCCUGAACAUGUUCUGCUCAGCAUAAAGGGAACCUUCCCAAAACCUGAAACGUUAAAAUGGGUGACACCAGGUUUUGUUAGAUCUGUGCUCCACAGAAGUGACACUAAAUCAAUCUGUAAGGAUAAGAAACUGUCCAUCUUGGAGUAUGUUCUCAGUGAUGGGAGAUAUGAAGAACUAAAAGGUCUACAGCUUCUGCCACUUACUGAUGGAAGUUUCAGGUCCUUUACAAACCGUGAAGAGGACACUGCUUUAAUUGACAAUGAAAAGUUUUCACGAGUGUUGCUACCUUUUUGCAAAGACAGAUUUUUGCCUGAAGAUUUGAACAGCAAUACAGCCUAUCAUCUGAGACGCAUUGCCAUGACAAAUUCAAAACUCUAUCAACUGAUUAAUUUGGAUGCAAACAGUGUAGCUGCAUUUGCCAAGAAACACUUACCCAGAGAUUGGAAAGAGACAACAGGUCAUGUAAAGUGGAAUUCUGUUAAAGAUGAUCAUCCACCAAAGACAUGGUUGAAAGAAUUCUGGAAGUUUCUGAACACUCACUGGACAGAACUAAAGGAUUUUAUCGGCAUGCCUUUAAUACCCCUGGAACCACUCCAACAAGCAUGCAGUACUGGAAUGUUAGCAAGAUUGGAGGAGAAAUCCACUUUAAUUUUUCAGAGCAGCAGAGAGUCCACCUUGUCAGAUCAAAUGCAAAAAAUGAUAAAGGCAAUCGGAGGUACUGUCAUUAAGAAAGAUGAGUGUCUGAAGCAUCAUGACAUUGAAAGAUAUGUACUAACACCAUCCCCAAGGAAUGUCCUACAAAUUCUUUUGAAUUCAGACAUACACAAGGUUGUCAAUGGCAUUGCCUCUGCUUCAGUUCAUGAAAAAGAAGAGUUUAAAGCCUAUAUCUCUUCUUUAGAUUGUCUUUCUGAUGUAGAACAAGAUUUACUGUCAGCUCUGCCCAUUUUCAGAUUGAUGUCUGAAAAAUAUGUUGCCAUUGAGUCAAAACAAGCAGUUAUUUUAAAGUCUAACCCAGCCAUUCCCAAGGAUUUACCUGUACCUGGCACCAUAGUCCAAUGUGCAAAUGAAGCUGAUCGCAGACUUUUGACUCUUCUAAAGGUUGACCUUCUGGAUACUGCUCAGUUAGCCAUUUACUUGGUAGACUGCAUUGUUGGCACGAUUUUCACCAUAGAGGAUGAACAAAAAAUAAUGGCUUGGAUGCUAAAUCAUGGACAUAUCCUAUUCUCCCAAAGUGAUGAAUUGCUGAGAAAAAGCAGGAAUCUCAGUUUCAUUCUGACAGAAAAGGGUGAACGCAAAACACCUUCAAGUGUUUUUGAUCCCACAAACAAAACUUUCCUAGAUCUUUUUGAGGAAGACUUCUUCCCACCGCAAGUUUAUAGGUCACCAAAGAUGCUAGAAAGCUUGAAACAACUUGGUCUACAGACAAAAGAAGAAGAAUUGUCACCAGCAAAUAUACUUCAUGUCGCCUCACAAAUUCAGAAGCUCCACAUACACUCACGAAACAGAGCUUUUAAAAAGGCUGAUGUUCUUGUAAGGAUAUUGAAUGGAAAUGACUUGCUAUCAAAAUUUUCUGAGGGGAAGAGACAAGAACUUAUUCAGUUGCAAUGGGUUCCUUGUGAAAGUCCAAAUCCAAACAAAAGUAAAAAAAGCCAGAAGCGGUAUCUCUACAAACCAACCGAAAUAAGGGCUUCAAAGUAUUCUGCAAUUGUGGGACAUGUCAUGGCUCUUGCUUCAGACCUAAAUGAGAGUAUCUGUCAAAAACUUGACCUUUAUAGUCCUCCUCCAGUUGAAAAGGUCUUGGAGAAUCUGUGUGUACUGAUAUCAUUAGCUCCAACAAUGGUCAGCCCAGAUUCAGAUUACGAAUUCAAAAACAAGCUGCACAGCACAUACAAAUUCAUGCAAGAAAACACUGAACAUUUCAGUAAGGAGAUGAACAAUAAAUGCAUACCUUGGCUCUGGAGCCAGACUGAGUUUGUGUCACCACGGGAAGUAGUGCUCACAUUUCCAGCUGAACUGGAUCUUAGCCUUUACGUCAAGAAGGUAGCAGAUGAAUUUUUACAAUAUGAAGACCUCCUAAGAGAGUGUGGUGUAAAAGAAACACUUUCUGAUGCAGAAAUUGAAGCCAUACUCAGUGACAUUAAAGAGAACAUUGAUGACAGAACUCCACCUUAUGGAGAGCCCUCUGAACUUAAAGUGUCAACAGCCAUCCUUGACUGGAUGCGAAAAAAUGAAAAGACUUUACAGGACAGUACACCUGUACCAGUCAAGGCACAAAACCAAAACUUCACCCUUCAGCCUUUGAAAAAUACUGUUUUUUGUGAUAUCAGUGAUGAUGGGUUGGAAGAUCUAAAAGAAGAUAAGGAGGAGUUCUAUGUCAUCCAUGAGGAAGUGCUACCCAUCACUGCAAGAUGGCUGAAAAUUCCCUUUCUUAGUACCCGUAUUCUAAAACCACAGAUAAUUGGACAUGAGGAAGACUAUGAGGGAAUUGAGCAAUGUGGUCAAACAGAGCCAAUCACUCAGAGAAUCAAAAACAUACUCAAAGAAUAUGAUGACGAAAGAGAUAUUUUUAAAGAACUCAUACAAAAUGCCGAAGAUGCUGGUGCGAGCGCCUGUGGAUUUAUGCUGGACUUCAGAACACACCCUUCUGAAGGACUUAUUGAUGAUGGUAUGGCUCUAUGCAAUGGUCCUUGUCUUUGGGCUUUCAACAAUGAGCUGUUCUCAGAGGAUGAUUGGAGAAACAUUGUUAGAGUUGGAUCUGCAUCAAAAGAAACUAAAUUUGAGAAAAUUGGGAAGUUUGGACUGGGUUUCAAUGCUGUUUACCACGUGACAGAUAUUCCGUCUAUUUUGAGUGGAAAAACUCUUUUAGUUCUUGAUCCAAAUGUAACACAUUUGGAAAAGCACAUACGAAGUAAAGCAGUUCCUGGGAUUAAACUUGACUUGUUCAAAGAGAGACUGUUUAGAAGGUUUCCUGGUCAGUUUAAAUCUUAUCAGGGAAUUUUUGACUGUGAUCUGUCAAACAGCAAACAGAAAUAUUACAACGGAACUCUGAUUAAACUACCAUUUCGCACAGCUGAGGAGGCCUGCAAGUCAGAAAUUAGCUCCAAGGUGUAUGACAAAGAGAGCAUAAAUGCACUCCAGCAACAGUUAACAGAUGGUUCUUUUACUCCUCUGUUAUUUCUUAAGGACAUAAAGUUACUGUCUCUUCAAAUCUUUAAACAGGAACCAAUUGAGACAGUCAUGAAAGUCUCCAAAGAGGUUGUAUGUUCAAUUAAAGUUACAAAUGAACAGCAUCUACAGGACAUCAGGGAAGCUCUGACAAACAUUGACACAAUCUGCCACAGGACUGUUGAUUGUUUUGCUGCAAACAUUGUGGAAAUAGUUUGUGAGUGUGCAGAGAGAACUAGUACCCAAUCCUGGUUCCUUUAUUCAUGUUUUGGAACAAAGGAUUCUCUGAGAAUGUUUCAGAGAGAAGUGAAUCAAUGCAAAUUUUCAUUACCAAUUGGAGGAGUCGCUGUACCUCUCAAAAGAGAAUCAGACAAUACUUGGUCAUCAGAUGAAAGAUGUGCAGAUGGCCAGGUCUUUUGUUUUCUUCCUCUUCCAAUUCAUACAGGGCUUCCAGUUCAUAUCAAUGGAUCUUUUGCAGUCACAUCAAACAGAAAGGCUCUGUGGGAAAGUGGAAUAAAACUGGAGUGGAACAAAGCAUUAUUACAAGAUGCAGUUGCUACAGCCUACUUCACCGCAUUGCUUGAGUUGAAGAAAAUAUGCCAAAAUGGGAGUCUUCAAAACUAUGACUACUACAAAUUCUGGCCUGAUAUUGAACAAGUAAACAAAGCAUUUCAACCUUUGGUUAGUGCUUUUUACACAGCCAUUGUACAGAGCUCAGAUGUCAGAUCCCUUGAGCUCUUGAGUAAUGGAAAUAUCUGGUGCUCCUUCGACAAUGCAAGAUUUCUUGAUCCAAACAUUGAAGAAAAUGAGGCAGUGGGAAAACUUGCCAUGGAAGUGUUCCUGAAAUAUACUGAACCAAACUAUUGUGCUGUCCCUUUGCCAGCCUGGGCAAGGCAGAAUUUAAUUCGAUGUGGCUUCAGUGAGAUUGUAAAGGAGAGAACUUUUAGCUGGUUUGACUUUUAUCAAGUUGUUUUUAAGAACUUGAGCAAAAUGGAUGCAUAUGGCAGAAAUGCUCUCAUAUUAAAUGCCAUAGACUUGAAUGAUCAAAAAGUUGACAAAUUGCUGAAAAGUAGUGCAUGCAUUCCAACACAGAAUCUAGAAACACUUCAGUUCACCAACAAACUGGUGAACCCUCAUGGUAAAGUAGCAUGCUUGUUUGAGCCAGAGGAAGGUCGCUUUCUGGAAGGUACCAAAAAUGACUACUUCACUCCAGAAAGGAUACAUCGAUUGUCAGGCUUGGGAAUGUUGACUGAUGUACUCCCAUUAGAGGAAGUUAUAGAGAGAGUGAAGGCAAUCUCCCAGGUUUGGGAUAAAGACAAAAAUAAAACAUACAAACAUCUUCGUUGUCUCUUUGAUUCAAUGAAAAAAUCCUGUCAUGUUGAAUCUUUGCAGUGGGAAACCCUUAAGCAUACAUCCUUUCUUCCUGCUGUUGGUACCAAUCAGCACUUUGAAGUAGUGACCAUACUUAAAAAGCCAUCUGAAAUCUAUGACUGCCAGAGCAACCACUUGGUAAACAUGACAGAAUUCACUGUAGAUUUUUCUAAAUUAGGUGUACUGCCGGAUGACCCAGUUCUCACAAAGUUAGGGGUGAUGAAGAAUCCAUCAAUUGAGACAGUGCUCAGACAACUCAAAGAAGUACAUCGGCAUGUGAAAUCAUUUGAAAAUUCUGUACUCCUUAACAUUGCUAAAAGUUGUUAUGACUAUCUCAACAAACAUCUGUUGGAUGAUGGUGAUCCCACUGCUAUUAUGGAACAUGCACAGUCGAUCCCAUUUGUUUUAAUUGAAGAUCACUUUGUAAAUGUCCCAUCAGUGGCCAUGGGUGGUGAAUUUGAGGCAAAGCCUUAUCUCUAUUUUCUUCCCACAAUCUUCUCCAAAUUUGAGAAUCUCUGGAACUGUAUUGGCAUAAGCAGACAAUUUACAGUAGAGCAAUUUAAUGCAGUCCUUGAAAAAAUUAGUACCUUUUCCAGACCACUUGAUAACAGGGAUCUUCAUGUCUGCCUUGACAUACUUAUAAAAGGGCUGUAUAGGGCUACAUCUGGAACUGUUGAAAACUGUCUAAUGCCUGAUGAAAGAGGUGUGUUGACAAAUUCAAGCAAGCUGAAAUUUAAUGACACUCCUUGGAUGCCAGUGCAAGCUGGGGUAACCCUCUGCCAUAAACUAAUACCUCGAGAGGUUGCAUGCUGUUUUGGUGUAGUGACAACAAGACACCAUACACUACAGAAUCAUCUUGUCAGUGAGUUUUCACCCUUUGCUAAGGAAUUCGGACAACAAGAGAAACUAACUGUUCGGAUAAAAAACAUAAUUGAAGCUUAUCCAACCAAGAAAGAUAUUCUGAAAGAACUCAUUCAGAAUGCUGAUGAUGCAGAGGCAACAGAAAUCCAUUUUGUAUGGGACAAACGGAAGCAUGGGACUACAAAAACAUUUGGGGAAAGAUGGGAGUUGCUUCAAGGCCCGGCACUUUGUGUGUACAACAACAAGAAAUUCUCAAAUGAAGACCUGAUAGGAAUUCAGCAACUAGGAGAAGGAGGAAAACAUGGUACUUUGGGAAGGACUGGGAAAUAUGGUCUUGGUUUUAAUUCUGUUUACCAGCUGACUGACUGCCCAUCUAUACUGACUGGUGAUGAAUAUCUCUGCAUAUCUGAUCCAAACCUAAAAUAUGUAGAAGCUGGAACAAAGGAGUCACCAGGCUGCAUGUAUUUAAUGGAUGAAAAUUUCAAAACGUCUUUCCAGGAUGUUUACCAAACUUUUCUUCCUGAAAAAUUUCCUCUUAAUUCUGGAACCAUGUUCAGACUUCCACUCAGGACAGAACAAAUGGCAGCCCAAUCAGAAAUAUCUAUAAAUAAAGUUAGAGAUGGUGAAAUUAUGGAACUUUUCCAGGCUUUAAAAUCAAAUCCGGAGGAACUGAUUCUCUUUUUGAAGCAUGUUACAAAAAUACACUUCCAUGAAAUCAACAAAAAUGGAAGUGAAGUCAAUUAUUUCCUAAUUGAGAAAAAAGUCAUUGAGAGUACGGUGAAGCAAAGGGAAGAUUUUCUUAAUCAUGUUUGCAAAUCCUUUAAAUCUGGAAUUGUAAUUCCACUGCAAACUAUCUAUAAAGUUCUGAUCACAUCAGGAAGAAAAGAAAGCCUCUGGAUUAUUGCAGAGCAAUAUGGAUCCUUUCUACAAAAUGAAGAAGAAAUGCAUGUCAAAGUACCUCACGUAGGCCUGGCAGCUUGUCUAGGCACAAAACCUAAAGAAAAUGAAUUUCAUGGAAUGGCUUUUUGUUCUCUGCCAUUGCCAGGAGAAACUGGUCUUCCCGUCCAUAUGAAUGGAAACUUUGAGGUGGAUCAUUCUAGAAGAGAUCUAUGGAAAGAGGAUGGUGAGAGUUUAAAAACUAGAUGGAAUCAGUUACUGAAAUUAAAGAUCAUUGCACCUCUGUAUGCUGACCUGCUAACACACAUCUGUUCAAGCUUCAAAAAAGGUGAACCCAAAGCCAUAGAACAUCUUAAAUCACAUCUUCACUUUUGCCUGAGGUUCUUUCCAUCUGUGUCAAAGAGUGUAGCCCAAGCUUGGCAUGAUAUGAUUAAUGAAGUCUACAGGUCAAUCAAUCAACGAAACCUACUGGUGAUUCCAACUCUUAGAAGGGUUCCAACACAGAAACUGGGAACACUUCAGUCGCAUGUCUCUGAUUCAAAGUACACAUUUAACUGGUCAAGUGUUUCAAAACCAGAUUCAACAGAUUCACCUCAUUUCAUAACAGAGGAGCACUUUAGCAUUCUUCAAGUUUUGGAGCACACAGGUAUGAACUUAGUACCAUUUUCAUGGCUAUUCGACAAAUUUCGACAGAGUUUUAAGACUGCAGGUGUGCAAGUGGCUGAAGUGAGUCCUUUAUCAGUGAUCAGUUAUUUGAAGAAGAAAAGAAUGAAUGAUCCCUCACAAACUACUGAUGAUUUACCAUUACCCAUCAACCAGACUUUGAUCAAAGAUCCAACCGGAUGUAAAAAUCUAUUGAAAUUUUGCCUUAGGACUGCUAAUGAGGAAUCUUUCUCUGUUGACCUUAAUGGCCUGCCUCUCCUCCUCACCCAAGAUAAAAUGUUGAGGAAGUUCAGCUCCAAUUCUCCAAAGCUCAUCUCACAGUUUGCUGAUAUUUUUAAGGAACACAAGUCAGAGUUUGUAGAAUACCAGGUAAAUUCUUGCCAAGAAACUAUUCUGCAAAAGGGGAAAUAUAUUGAGAAACUAACCAUCCCUGUGGCAUCAAAGUUUAUAAAGCCGGUUCUUCAACAACAUCUUCAACACUCACUGCGUAAUGAAACAAAUUGGCUUCAUACAGCAGGAAAGGAAACAAAAGAAUGGCUGAAAGAAAUUUGGAAUUUUUUUGAUAAUGAAGUCAAAGUAAAGGAUUUCCAAGUUGGAACAGAAAAUCAGGUCUUUAGUGAAAUAAAGAAUCACUUCUCUGGCAGUCCGAUUUUGCCUGUCAUCUAUCCAGGACAAAAAGAACAGUGCUUUCUGCAAAAAAUCGAAAAUCUACAUUGUAUUGUUCAGGAUCCAAAAGAACAAAUUUCUGCCAUUCUCAUUAAACUCGGAUUCAUGACAUUAGACCUUGAUUUCUUCCUAGGGCUUCAAUUAUUUUUGACCAGAUAUGUAAAACCAGAACUGUUAAAUAUCAGUGACUGCAGUGCUGUUCUGAAGCAGUUGGACAAAGUUCCUCAUUCAGAGUUUGAGAAGCUUUCUGAUGAUGAAAUUGAUGAGCUUCAACGCUUCUUACAAUCUGGAUCUACAAAAACAAAUGAGUAUCAGAGUAUGUUAAAGUCUUUGCCUUUAUUUCAGACCAUUUGUGGAAAACGGCAAAGAAUCGAUUAUCACAGCAAUGUAUUCAUUUUGCAUACUGAUUUCCAGGACACCUUUCCAAGCUUGUACAUGUUUGAUCACAAAGACUGCAUUUUUCUCAAAUACAACUUUGUAAAUGAAAGCCUAUCAAGAUUUCUGGAUAUUAAGAUUUUGGAUGAUUUAAAAUACUGUGUCAAAUUUGUGAUUCCUUCUGUACACAAGCUUACUCAGACCCAGCUUCUUGAUUUGAUAAGGCUUCUAUUGGACCUGAGCCAAAGAUCACCUGACUAUAAAGACUAUAAAGACAGCAUUGCCUUAGCAUUGAGAGAUGUCAGAUUUAUUCAGGACAUUAACGGCUGCCUUCAGGAGGCCUCAUACUUUUUUGAUGAUGCCGUAAACCUGUAUAAAGUUAUGCUUCCAAAGCACAGAUUUAUCCCAAAAUCUUUCUGGGAACUAUUCAAAAAUAGUACUAGAGCAAAAUCUCUCAUCAGGAGCCUUGGACUAAAGCAUAAAGUAUCUGAAGAAGAGGUAAUAACAUUUGCUCAUCAAAUUGAGUCAAAUGCUAAAGGUGACACUGAACUGCAGGUUCUUACACUCAGAUCUGUAACUGUGCUUAAGACAGCACUUCAUUUGGGUGAUGAGAAAAAGUCAAAAUUAAUGCAAAGAAUCGCAAGCAUAAAAUUUAUAGUGGCUUUGCAGAUUGAAACAAAACUUUGUGAUUAUCACAAAGCAUUUGCCCAAGGAAGGGAUGUGGUUGCCAUCAAAGGCUCAUUGCUUGAAAAGCAGUCUGAUCAUCAAUAUCUCAUAUGGACUGCCAUGCCAAUACUGCCCUCAAGGGACUUCAAUCAGAAAGAGUUAAAUGCCCUAAGGACGGCUGGAGCCUUGGAUGAACCACCCUCAGAGCAGGUCAUGCAGAACCUAAAAAAUAUCUGUAGAUCUCAGUGCAGAACUCAAGUGCUAGUGGAGACCAGAGCUAAAGUGUUCAAGAACUCAUACGCCUACUUACAAUCUGUGCCUUUUAAUGAGUCUGUUUUGGCUGAUGUUCCUCUUGUUCUUGUUGAAAAUGACACAAAUCUUGUGAAAGCUUAUCAAGUAGUCCUGACACUACCUAAUGCUGAUGAGUUCAGGUCAUACCUAUACCCCAUACAAUCAAAACAUGCAGUGUAUGCAGAUUUCUUCAAGAAGAUUGGUGUUGAAGAAAAGCCUACUGUCACACAAUUCUGUACUGUACUUAAUGAAAUCUAUACAGAGUGCUGUGAUAAAACCACACUUCAACCAAACCAGCAGAAAACUGUUCAGCGGGUUGUGCAGCAGCUUUUCUGUCUGAUAAACAAAGAGGAAAAAUUAACUGAUUUUCAGAACAUCAUGCUUUACCUCCCAUCAUCAGAUGGAAAACUCUAUGAGUCCAGCACAUUGUUUUUCAAUGACACCUUCUUUCAGGCCAGCAGACUAGAGGAUUCACUAAAAACAAAACUGAAGCUACUGGUGAAUCUAAACCAAUGUCACCUCAAUGGAGAUCCCUAUGAACAUCAAAAACUUUUGCAGUUGCUUCCGAAAGAAAUUCAGCCUAAACUGCUCUCUCAAGUAAUUUCUGUGAACUUGGUUGGUGCACAUGUGGAACACUGCGAUUACGGAAAAUCAUGUGAAUUCAGUGGCUGGUUUGAAAAACGUCUGUCUUCUUGUGAGUUCCGUCACAGUAUUAUAUGUCUGAUCAGAGAUCAAAGCAACGGCACCAUUUCACAGGCUAAAGCCACACACAUGUGUGAAAAAAUAUUUGGCAAAAUUCAAAUUGUCUGUCGCAAGACUUUACACACUGAACUCUUGUUAAAUCAUCAGCCACUAGAAGGUACUGAGACUGAAACUCAUGUUUAUGUGGAAAAACAGCAAGAUGAGUGUGUUUUCUAUUUGAAGCACAAUGAUAACAUGGCUCUCAAAGUGGUGAAUGAGGUCAAUAUGUUUCUUAUCAAAGAAAUCAAUGCUCUUCUUGAAAACUCCUUGAGUUCCUUAAGCCUGCUAGUACUCGGACAGCUUUUAUUAUGUGAAAACAUGGAGGAUGUUGAAACGACCUUGGAAAAUCAUGGAGUCCGUAACAUUGUGAGUCAUGAAGAGGGACUUUUCCGUCCAAGCCCUGGAACUGCUAUACCAGAAGAAUGGCAUGAUUCCCUUGAUAUGGAUCUCCUCAACAAUUUUGAGAAAGGGGAGUAUGUUGGUUUUAGCAAGGAUGAAUUAGAAAAUGAAUAUAUUUUUGCUAUUGUUGUGGAGUGUCUGGAUGAGUAUCCAGGACACACCAAAAGAAAUCCUUCAAGAUACAGAAUACAGAUUGGAAAUGAAAAGAUCAUUGAAGUUAGCGCCCUUGACCUUUAUCAGUUUAAGAGAGAGAAAAGAUCAAGUUCAUUUGGAAAUGUUACCUGCACAGACAUAGACAUUUUGCCUGAACUAUCAAGGUCUAAACCUUCACAGUCUGUACCAUCCCCAAAAAGACCCUUACCACAAACUUUGGAGGAGGUUAAAAUAGAGAUUGACCAGAGCUUGGAAGAGAUCUGGAAGAUGUCAGAUGAGGACAAAUCAAAGGCCAUUAGACGCUUGUACUUAAGGUGGCAUCCAGAUAAAAACCCAAAGAACACAGAGCUUGCUAAUGAAGCCUUUAAAUAUUUGAAGAAAAGAAUUGAAGAUCUACAGCAAGGAAAAACAAAACACAACACAUCAGCACAACAAAACACAACACAUUGGGCCAACUUCAGCAAUUUUUAUGAUAGAUGGAACUAUGAAGCUAGAAGUCACAAAAGAGGACGGGAGCAGUCCUAUCAGAACAAUUUCAGAUGGCAAUAUAAUUUUUGGUCACAUUUCCAAGAAACACCAAGACCAAACAAAGAGGAAGCUAAUCGCUGGUACAGACAAGCACAAUGUGACCUUCUUGCUGCUCAGAGUGACUUUGAAUACAACCCAAACCCAGAGUGGUGUCUUUUUAAAGUGCAUCAGGCAGUGGAAAAAGCUCUAAUAGCAACAGAGUUCAGAAGGAACGGAAAGCAUCCUGGAACUUCAUCCACCAUCACCAGCCUUGCCCAGAAAGUAUCACAGUAUGCUGCCUACCUUAAUGACUUGCCCCUCAUUGUGAAUCAGCUGAAGGCACUUGGUGUUGAUGCUAAGAGAACUCAAUACCCAAACUGCCACCCAUCACCACACAUUCCACAUGAACAGUUCAAAACCAAAGAUGCACAAGAGGCAGUGAAAAUAGCAACCGAGCUGCUAAUGAAACUUGACAAAUAUAUUACUGUCAUUUAAAUGUAAAAACAAAAUGUUUGUGAUAACUUGAGCUAGUAUGAGCAUUAUGUUUUUUUUUUAAUCUUUUUUCCAAUGUAGACAUAUAAAUGCUAUUUUGCUGAAUAUGCUGAAUUAUUUACUAUUUCAUUUUCUUUUUACAAUUGUUUGCUUUUUUAUCCAUCUGUUCAGCCACAAUUCAAAAGCAAUUCUUUUCAUUAGUUCACUUUCAAUACAUUUUUAUGUAUUAUUACUUUUCUCAGCUUCAAGUUAUUUCAGUGACUAUUGUGGGUUUUUCAUUCUUUAAUGGGAAGAUAAUUACAAAUAUUAUGCCCUGAAAUUUGUCUUAAUACAUAAUUUUCCCUUUACAUAUUUUCUAAACUUUGACAUUUAUCUUCAUCUUUCCUCAUUUUAGCAUUGUUGUACUUUCUAUACUUUACAGUAAAACAUUGUCAUUACUGCAUUGUUGUUAAACAUGAAUAAAAAAGGAGUCAUUAUAGCUCA